CGUAUCGUGUGUAUCGUUUGCGAUCAUUCUUUGUUGCUCGCCCACCCGGUGAAUGGCGAUUUAAAGACCGCGUGACUGGCGUUGACGCUGGGGAAAAUUCGUCGUGUUGUGUUUUGUUUUUUUUUUCUCUUCUGACGCCAGCUUGUGCAGCGAUGGUUCGUUACGCGAUUGUUCGCGCGUAGACCGGCGUUCCGCGAUACGCGCACCUGUCAGUGCUCUUUGUGUGCAUUCGAUCGUAGGUUUUUUUUUUAUUGACAACGGCGAUGGCAACGGAAACCCCGAAGGUGGAAUUCGCCCUCGGCAGCGAGGUGUCACCGGGUCGCUUCUUCAAGAGCGCGUUCGCGCGGAACUUCAUCAGCAGCGGCCGCGAUUGCAAGUCGCUGGAUUACGAGCUGCUCGAUAACGGCGUUGUUCAGGAGGAGGAGGACCGCAAUAACAACGGCCGGAACAAUUUCUUCUCGCUUGUGAACUUCGCGGACAACAAGCCGGCAAACGGCGACGACGCCGUGGCGCGAACGGCCGCCUCUCUCUGGGAGCAACCGAAGCCGAAGGAGGAGGCACAGCCAGCUACAGAUGCGAAUGAAUUGGAGAAACUUCGAAAGCAAUGCCAGUCGUUGAAGAAGGAAAACCGGAGGCUGCAGAGUGCCUUCCUGCAAAACGUCUUUCUACAAGCGCGAGUCGACACGCUCCAAUGGCAGGUUAAACAGGUCGAAUCAAACAGGCAGAUGUAUCGUUCGACAAUGGAACAAGUCGCUCAGUUCUUGGGCCGGGCUCACAGGAGCCUGGAAAUCCUUCACGCCAAGGAAAAUCUCAAGGACAAAAGACGCGUGCCGCGUAGUCGCAGUGUGCACACGGUAGUGCACGCGGAUCCUUCGCCGAAUCGCAGCACCGCAACACCGUCGCCCUCCUUGUCGACUUCCUCCCCGUUCACACGCGCUAAAUCGGUUACGCAGAUCGGAUCGCCAAGCGCUACUUGCUUUCGAGAAUUUACCUGGUCAGUUCUGCGCAGGAACGACCCAAUGCACUGCUCAUCGUCGCGUGCCAAGCCGCCGCAGGAUCUCAAUAAAGCGAGUGACAGUUCCGAUAACGUUGCUUAUCAAGAGCCGAAGCAGACGGAGCUGAAUCCGGACGACGUACCGCCAGAGAAGCUGUCGCAAGAGGCGUUCAGAUUACUGAGGACCGUCGAGUCCUUGCUGACGAUGCGAGAGCCUGAUUUGGCUAGGGUGAUCGAGGACAGCGGAUCCUCCCCCUCCCCGACAACGGAGCACCAUCGUCAUCACGACGCGUCUCUUUCGCUGCCGAGCGGUAAUUUCGCGAAUUCGACGACCUUGCAGGAGGUCGCCGUCUACGCCGUGUCGACCGCAAGUUCCGGUCGUGGAAACGAAUCGAGCAGCAGCCAACAGAACGAUAAUAGAUCGCCAAACUUCGCCAAGUCGUCCGUCGCCGAAUUCACGCGAAAUCUGCAAGCCUUUGUACCAGGCGUGAGAAGAUCGCCCGACACUGCCUCCUGGAAUUCCAGUAGCAGUAAAACGACCGAAGAAGAGGACGCUAUCGCGCUCGCCACGCCGUCGAACGAAACCACGUCGAACGGCACACCGACUUCGACGCUUAGCAGAGCCGCGAAGCGAUUGGAGAAAAAGGAGUCGGGAUUAACCAGGAAGAGUAAAGUGAAGCCGGCCAGCAGUCCGGUGAGCAGCGCCGAGGGCGAGAGCGGAUUCUUCUCCAUCAGCUCCUUCCAGGAUGUCGGCCUGCCCUCAUCGACGGUCCUCUCGAUCACGCCCGUCAAGGGCUGUCACACCGAGGUGGGCUUGCCGGAGGUGCCGUUGGACAAGACCAGACAUCGACGAUGGUCCUCCACGCCGGCGGAGAUCCAGGCGCUUUUUAAGCAACACCGGGCGAGUUUCGGUGGCACACCACAAACCGCCACCGAAUCUGUCAGCGUCUGUUGGGUUUGAGCCGCGCGUGCUACACCCAAUUUUUAUCCCACCGCAAAUAAUCGUCACAGUUUUAAACGAAUUCCGCAAGCUGGAUUCGCUCGCGCGAACCGCGAGCAUGAAUCGUAUGACUCUACUGUUUUCAGGAAUAAUAUUUAAGUUGACCGACGGAGAGAGAGAGAGAGAGAGGGAGAAAAAGAGAGAAUAUUUAAUAAGCAAUAGCUUUGUAAAUAAUUUCCUACAUAGUCGUGCGAUCUUUUUGUUACGUUCAUAAAAUACGUAGAGUAGUACGUGUAGUAUAAUAAUCGAUAACAGCUGCGAUUUAUCUCGAAAGUACAUAAAACGUCGUUCCGUCGCUAUUUCGGAACGAUGACGACGCAUGAAGAUUGUUUAACGUUCUCGCGCGAGGAUGAUAUAUAGAAAUAUGAUAAUGAAUAGUAAGAGAAAACGUAUGGAAAAAAAUGAGGAAUUUAUAUAUGUAUACCCGCGUAACUGGGUGAACUUUAUAGAUAACGCGGCCAUUCUAUAAGUGUAGAAGAGAAGAAUAGUCUACUUGGACAUUGCAAUCAGCCAUAUCUCUCGUAGUUUCGCGAACUCCGUGCAUAUCAGUAACAAUGAAACUUCGCUCGUCUAUGCGCGACUAUCGAUGACCUCAUAUAUUGUAGUUCCAUUCGUUCAGAAAUGUUUGAAAAGCCUGAUGCGUUAAGCGUGUUUCGCGGUUGACAAUUGUCCCAGUUUGAUUCGAUUAAUUAAUAAUCGUUUAUUAUAAAUUGAAUCGAAUUGGACUUGAGUUAAUUUGAUUGAGUUCGAACGUAAUGAACGUAAUUUUAAUAAUUUGUAUUAUUCUGUCGCGAUGUAGUUUAAGUUAGUAUAACUUGAUUCAUUAAGUGCGUAACAACUUAAAUUUGGAAGAAUGUAAAAAAUAUAUGCGAAAAGAUAAACUGUCUAUUGUUAGUGAUGAAGUUUGCUACGAACGUUCUUAUAAAAUCUAUAUUUUCUAUUACAUUUCUGUUAUUUGAUAAUUCUGAUACAUGUUGCUGGUUUUGCAAGAUAUUUUCAAUUUGCGACUUUUCACUUGUUUACACUUAACUAUCGAAAUCGAUUAUUUAUUCGCAUGCCUAUUGUGAUAGUUGUUUCAUUUAAUUCAUAGUGCAACACGAUUUUUGGUAUUCUUUAAAAUUAAUAAAUUUGUAAAUCUCACAAUUGUUUACGACUGCUGUACUCUAAUUCACGAGAACAACAUAUCUCUUAAUAACAUGUAAUGAUAUGGCGUUAUUUGAGACAGAGUUCUAGAAUUUACGAUGCUGCUCUCUGCAUAUUUUCAUUGUGCAUAAUUUGUCAUUUUCACUUGUAAUUGUAUAAUAAAUAUCAUGCUGAAUAUCAUGCCAAAA